AAGUCUAGGCAGCAGCAGGUUCGAUGCCAUUGAUCUCGUGCUGUAGGUGUGAGUUGUGCUCCAGCCUUGGUCUGGUGCCGGGAUCUUUGCCGUGGAGUAGCGCCGAGAUGGGGAGGAGGCGUCCUCGCUGCAGGAGGAGGAGGAGAAAGAGGAAUGUGGCGUUACCGCAUUGCUGAGCGCAGCAGGCUGUGUGCAUCCCCCUUCGCUGAGCUCCCGCUCCUUGGCUUGCAGGCGCGCUCGGCGCGAGGCCUGGGAGGUGACAGCACACGCAGCAGCGCAACAGGAGCAAAGACCCGGGGUCGUCUGACAUGGUCUGCUGAGCCCCCCCCAGCAGGGCAGAGGAUGUGAUUUGGGGGUCGUUUCAGUAAAGUAAAUGGAAAAGGCUUGAUGACAACCAGACUUUGGGUCGCCGCGUGCGUUGGCGUGUCCUUGGCGGCAUGGAGUCUCGCUGCCAGCUCUGGCCACGGGCGUUAUUCCUUCUCCUGGCUUGUGCGCGGCUGCUGGGCGCGGAGCGAGCCUGCUCCCAGGGAGCCUGCUACCCCCCUGCCGCAGACCUGCUGCUGGGACGAGCCCAUCACCUGAGAGCAUCCUCCACGUGUGGCCUCACCAAGCCCGAGACCUACUGCACGCCCCACGGAGAGGGUUGUGUGCUGCUCCCCCCCUGCCGCAGACCUGCUGCUGGGACGAGCCCAUCACCUGAGAGCAUCCUCCACGUGUGGCCUCACCAAGCCCGAGACCUACUGCACGCCCCACGGAGAGGUGUCGAGCGCGUCACUUUGCAGCUGGACCUGGAUCAGACUUUCCAGCUCGGCACCAUCCUGCUUCACUUCAGGUCCCCGCUGCCCGCCGCAAUGCUGAUUGAGCGCUCCACCGACUCCGGCAAGAGCUGGGAGGUGUACCAGUACCUGGCCUCUGACUGCGCUGCCUCCUUCCCCCACAUCCCCCAGGGCUCCCCCGAGAGCUGGCAGGACGCUCGGUGCCAGGCGCUGCAGGGAUACCCUUUGCACGGGGGCAAGGUGAAGUUCAGCAUCCAAGACCUGGCGUCUACCAUCACCACCUCUUACAGCCAGACCAUCGAUAAGCUGGGGCAGUUCACCAACCUGCGGAUCAACUUCACCGCGCUCCCCCACAUCGCCCGCCAGGGCUACCGCUCGCCCAGCACCUUCUACGCCGUGAUGGAGAUGCAAGUGCUGGGGAGCUGCUUCUGCCACGGACACGCCGACCGCUGUGCCCCUUCGGGAAACCUGCACGCUGCGCAGGUCCAGGGACACUGCGUGUGUCAGCACAACACCGCCGGCCCCAGCUGCGACCGCUGCGCUGCCCUCUACAACGACCGGCCCUGGGCGCCCGCGGAGGACGGCGAUCCCCACGAGUGCCAGAGGUGCAACUGCAAUGGCCACGCGGCCUCAUGCCACUUCGACCCCGAGCUGUACCGCGCCAGCGGAGGGGUGAGCGGGGGCGUCUGUGACGGCUGCCAGCACAACACCGAAGGCAACAACUGCGAGCGCUGCAGAACUAACUAUUUUCGCAACCAGCGGCAAGAUCUGGCCCAUCCUGAAGCCUGUCUGCCCUGCGAGUGCGACCCGGACGGCACCGUGCCGGGCUCCAUCUGCGACCCGCUGACGGGGCGCUGCGUCUGCAAGGAGAACGUGCAGGGGGACCGCUGCCACCUCUGCAAGCCGGGGUUCGCCCAGCUGGCCCACGCCAACCCCAUGGGGUGCCACAGAUGCACCUGCAACGCGCUGGGAACGCAGCGGGACAGGCCCUGCGACGACGAGACGGGGAGGUGCUUCUGUCUGCCCAACGUGGUGGGGAGCGACUGCGGCCAGUGUGCGGCCGAGCACUGGGAGAUGGGGAGCGGCCGGGGCUGCCGGCCCUGUGGUUGCCACCCGCACGGCUCCCGCAGCCCCCAGUGCAACCAGCUCACAGGACAGUGUCCGUGCAGAGACGGCUUCACGGGGCGGACGUGCUCUGCCACGCAGGAGCAGGUUUGCCCAGACAGGCAUUACGGAGACGUCUGGGGAGGCUGCACAGGCCGCUCGUCGGCAACGGAGCAGAGCCUGGCCCAGGUGGGCAGCGUGCUCGCUGCCAUCAGAGAGCAGGUCCAAGGUAUAAAUCCUGACCUUCAUUUUCUGGAUGAGACUGCCUCUCUGUCGAGGGAGCUCGAAGCCCUCAACAGCAGCUUGCUCAUCACUAACACCCAGUAUCAGAGCAAGAAGACCCAGUUUGAAAACAGCCGCAGCACAGAUCUGUCAGGAGCCUUCAAGACAAUCCGAUCUGCUUACCAGACAUCCAGCAAUGCCAGCAGCCUCGUCGCCGGCGCCUCCGGGCUGCUGGCCGAGUCCCGGGAGAGCCGCAGGAGUGCGGUGGAGCUGGAGGGGGAGCUUGUGGUGUCCACCUCCAAGCUGCUGACCCUGAAGGGCGAGAUAGCCUCCUCUCCCAACCUGACCCCCGUCAUAAACAAGAUUAAAACUACAGAGAUGUCUGCAAAUCAGAUUCAAAGCAACACUCGGCGGCUUGUGGACCAGAUGAGUGUAACAAGGACCCAGAUAGAAGGAGACGUCCGGCGCAUCCAGCAGUUCAUCCAGCAAGUCCGGAACUUCUUGUCAGACAAGGACGUGGACCCUGCCACUAUCCAGGAAAUCAGUGAGUCCGUUCUCUCCCUGCGCCUCCCCACGGAUGCUGCCGCAGUCCUGAGAAAAAUGACCGAGAUCCAAAAUUUGGCGACUAAGCUGCAGUGCCCGGAGAGCGUACUUGCCCAGACGGCCGAGGACAUCGCCAAGGCCAAGCAGCUCCAGCAGGAGGCAGAACAGGCCAGGAACCGGGCAAAUGCCGUGGAGGGCAACGUGGAAGAGGUGGUCGGGAACCUGCGACGAGCAAACACGGUGCUGCUGGAGGCCCGGGGUGCUAUCAGGGGCUCUGGCUCUUCCCUCCGGUUCAUCCAGGAGCGUGUCGAUGAAAUUGAGGCUGUUCUUGGUCCAGCCGAGAAGAACGUGAAGUCCAUUGCGGGCCAGCUGGACGGACAGCACAGCCAGCUGUGUCCCGGCACCGUUUUGGAUGAGGCUUUUGAAGAAGUGAAACAAAGGUACGCUGAGCUGAAGGAAAGGAUGGAGCAGAGCCCGGCUCUGGGAGAGCAGGGCAGCAGGGUGCAGAGCAUAAACCUGGAGGCACAGGCUCUGUUUAACGAAACUUUGGCCAUGUUGUUCAGGAUGGAAACUUUAGAGAUGGAAAUUCGGGAAAGCAAUGAGGCUUGGCUGUCCAAGUCGGCCAGGCUGUCGGGCCUGGAGGAUCAGGUGGGAAAGAUCCGGGACGCCAUCAACAAGCAAGUCGCCUACUACGAGAGCUGCUCCUGAGCCAGCUGCCCGUGCUCCAAGGGCAUUGCCUUCCUCCUCUGCAGACACUGACUGCUGUAUUUAUUCCCAUUUUCCGGCUGGAAUUCUCAUGCCCCUAAUGUCUCUAUUUUUAGCAAAUUGAGUUUCUGUACCUCUGGAAAAUAACUGCACUGAGCCAAAGGAGCAGCCCCCUGGAGAGAGCUAAACUUGGUUGGACUGGCUGAAGCUGCCCGGUGGUUGGAGGAGAAAGGGGUAGAGACAUCAAUCUUCCAUUGCAAAUAAAACAUCCUCAAAGCUGUUAUUUCCA